AUGCGGGCGCCCUUGGCCCUGCUGCUAGAUGAACAUCUUGAUGAUCAUCAGGUAGCAGUUCGGAUCCCAUGGCCGACAAGAUGGACGAGGGACAAGAAGCUGGCAGCUUCUCCGGCGGUGGCCGUGGAGAAGAAGAAGAAUGCUCGUCCGUUCCCGGCUGUCCUGAUCGUCAGUUUAUGGGCGCUCCUCAACGCCGCCAUCAUCCUCGUCUGCUUCGCCUCGGCCACCGUACUGGUCGACCACUACCACGUCAACCCGCCGUGGUGGUUAGUUUGCGAAGGGACCGAGCUGACGGCCGCGAGGGCCGCCGCGUUGAGCGCCAUCUUCCACGGGGCGCUGUGGUGCAGCGCGGCGGCGGCCGCCGCCGCGGCGCCGGCGCUGCUGCUCCCGGACAGCCGCCGCCGGAGCCGCUGGGCCCUCGCCUGCGCCGCGCUCGCGGCCACCGCCGCCACCCACCUCAUGUGGGCCACGGCAACGACCCUCUUCCUGACCGCCGCCGCCGACAGCUGCUUGUGGUGGAUGUGGAUCGUCGGCAUCGUGACCUUGUUCUUCGCGGCGGCGGGCGACGUCGUCUACUUCCUGGCCCUCUCCUCGGCAGACUAGAUGAUGAGGUCAGCUGGCCGGGAGCUCCAUGGACACGGAUCAGCUAGCUCACUAGGCAUCUGAACCUACUGAUGAUGUGAUGAUGAUCUAGUUGUAAUACAUCCAUGCCGGGCGUGUGGAUCUAAUUAGUAGUACGAACUGUUAGUUAUUAGUUCGAGAUGUCAUGAGCUAGCUAGUAAAAUAACUCAUCAUCAAAUCUAGCUAAAUUACUCAUGUAAUGCCAUGAUUAGCAUGCGUGGAUGGGAUUGUGGUCUUUCUGAGAUAAUGUCAAACCAAGCUAGUAUGUAGUCUUUGAUGUA